AUGGAAUAAAUGGAAGCAGCCAUUAAAUCGAAUGAUACGGUGACUAAACUACUUCCAGCCCUUAAGUUAAUAACUAACUCUUUGCCAUUUCCAGAUCGUCACACUUACAUCAAAGAUCCCAGGUUAAUUAAGCUACUGUUAAUUGUUUACCCAUUGUUGCCAGAAGCAAUAGAUAUGAUUUUGGGACAGUUACUUAAUGUGUUCAAAGAGUCAGUGGAAUGGAUUAAGGGCUGUUGUAAGGCCAUUGAAGAGUACGCAGUCUUUAAAUCGAACACGAUCAGCUCGUCGAAAUUUUACUCCCUUGAAUAUUUUUAAUAAGUUCUUCAUUGUGCAGCAGAAGCGUGUUUAGAAUUGGAUGACAUCUGUUAUGGUUUUAUUAUAUUUUUGAAACAUGCAGAGUCAGAGAAGAUGGUGUUGCACAUUAUGAAUAAGAUUGAAGCCGUUAAGGAAGAGUAUGGAUAUGGAAUCAGGUCUCUUAGUUAGUUUUGUGAAUUGGUUGAAUCAACCGUUCUGCAACUGUACCAAGAAGAAAGCAAUAAAAACACUGAAGAUUAACAUUUCAGGUCAGUUGCCAUUGGAUUACAAGAGAGUCAGAACAGAAGAGGGCUGCAUCAUUAAAAUACUAUUUCAUCACCUUCAAUGAGAUCACCUGCUGUAUCCAGGUAAAGAUCUGAAUCCUUUGGAUCUCUCAAUGAUGAGAUUGUAGAUAAUCUCAACAUUGAGGAAAUCCUUAUCCAAGAAAAACCUCGAAUCCUUGAUUCUGAAUAAGCAGAAUAUUUCAAAUCCAAUGAAAGACUCUAAAAUCUGAUAUACUUCAUUACAGAUCCUUAUCUCUCAUAACCUAGUCUUAUAUUUGAUACUGAUUUACUUGCAGAACACUCAAUUGAAUUUGAUGAAAACGAUUACAAAAAAUUUAAGAAUAUCAAAAUAGAUAAAUUGUUUACAAUUAGGUCGUUUAAGACUUUGCUCUUUCUAACAGAUGUGCAUAAUCACAAAUUGUUAACAGAAGCCAACAAUCAUCUCACCUAAAUCAUCUGUAAAUUUAAUUAAAAUAUGGUAGUUCGAUCAAUCUCAGGGUUUCUUCAGAACAAUUAAUCUAUUGGUAACAUCACUCAUGUUGUGGCCCUUAUUUAAUUUUAUCUAAAGAAUGACACUAAAGAUACGAUAUAUUACUUUCUAUAUUGCAAUCUUCACUUCUAGUUCUUAGAUUAUAUAUAUAAUUCACAUGUCAUUGACAUUUUGAUCAGAUUCAUUGAUCCAACCUACAGCAGAAUCCCCUCCUAAUUAAAGGAUGAAAUUUGGCAUUUCUUGAAUAGCCAAGGCUUCAUCUCAUACAUCAUUGGCCGCAUUAUUAACAAGGAGUACUUGGGUGUGAAUCGAAAAGAAUUUCAUAUUUCAAAAGAAGGAUAUAACAUUCUCAAACGUAUCUAUGACCAAAAGGUUAUUAAUGAUGAAAAUACAUCAGAGCAGCAUACUUAUAAUUUGAGUUCUAAUUUAGAUCAACAUCUGGGUCCAUUGAUGCCUGCAAAAACUAUUUAAUAAAAUUUAAUUAAAAAGAAAAGAGUCUUGCAUGCAGCUUAAACUUAAAUUUAUACGAGGAGACAUUCAGGAACAGCCAUGACUGGAAAAUUCAAUAAGAUUAUACUCGUUGAAAAUAUACAUCUCUCAGAGUUAAAUGGAAACCAAUAGGAUAUCGAUAGGUUUAAAGAUGUUAUUUAGUUUUACCAUAAUAAUCAACUUGAAAAUGAAGAUGCAAUCACUCCUAAUCAGGUUACAACUAAAUUAGGUAGUGAGAAGAGCAUACCCAAAUAAACUCAUAGAAGUGUAUAAAGUGAUCAGUUCUUCAAAUCAGAUUUCUUAAAUAAUCAGGCAGAUACUAAACCAGUCGAUAUUAAAUCAUUUUUAAGUGAAAAUAAAUCAGUUGAUACAAAAUUACCAUCGCUCAGAUCAAGUACAAAAAUUAGUGGCGGUAGUGUACAUACAAGCAGAGUUAUAAGACAAUCCUCAAAAUAAGGAUAGGAAUUAGUUUUUAAGAAGAAGUCAUUAAAAAUAGACAAUAUUGAAGAGAUUUCUAAUAAUUUUAAAAAACUUAACAAUCCUAUUUCAUCCCCUACUUCUGCUUCAAGAUGCCACAAGUUUUAUCCAAAUAGUGAUAUCAGUGUUGUUGACCAUAUAAUGAGAGAAGAGUAUUAAGAAUAUAUACAAUAUAAUAAUGAAUUCAUUUCUUAUUAAAAUAGUCAACUAUUAAAUUUGAUUGUUAACACAUUUGAAUGUUUAAGUUAUAAAUUUUAGGCCUAAAAUGAUUGCUUUACACAAAUAAUUGAUGAGAAACUGUUUAACUUUGAAAAACUAAUUAAACAUUACACUUUAAAAAUCUUAGAACCUGAAAAUGGUAGUGCUUAUGAAGUGGGAUUCUUGAUAAUCAAUGUACUUAAGAAGUUAUCUAAUUGCAAUAGUCUUUAGGAACAAUGCAAUAAGAUUUAUAGAAAUCAAAUUCCAAGAUUAUGCAGGAACAUUUCUUUAUUAAAUAAAUAAUAGCAAUUUCCAUAGUAAUUACAUUUACAAUCAUAUUCAGUAAAUGUCAUAGGAACCUAGAAAUUAAUGAUAUAUGAGAUUUUAUAGCUUAUGGUUUGCAAUGUUAGAAUAAAAUAUUCAAACAUCUUUAUUAAAUUGAAUGAUGCUGCUAUGCACAUAUUAACUAUUUAAUUCCAUACUAGUUUUCAUAAUGGAGUAUAUUAACGAAUCUUCAUGACGUUAGUUAGACAUUUAUUUGUUUAUGCUUCUGAGAAAUAAUUGCUGAGUUUGGUUUUCAAAGUGAAUCUUAUUGAGUCAAUCCAUGCUGCUUAUAAAAAUACUGUAAUCAAUAGAGUCGUAAUUAAAGAGUGGAAUACAGAACAAUAUAUACUUUAUUUGCAGCAACUAAGCUAAUUGAUAAUUAAUGCUUUUGAUUUGAGAGAGGACUUAAAACAACUGAGAUAAUCUUUAAUUAGAUUAUAAUCUUAUUAAAAGUUAAAAGAGCUAUCCUCCAUAUCCUAAUUUAAAUUUGACGUUAAUCAAUACACCAGAGAACUCAUAGGCGCAGAAUAACAAUUAGUUAAAAUUAAAUUAUGA